AUGUCCGUCGUGUCUUUGCUGAACGUCGACGUCCGCAACAACCCCGCGCCCUUCACCGCGCCUUACGAGUUCGAGAUCACCUUCGAGUGCGUCGAGCAGCUGAAGUCCGAUUUGGAGUGGAAGCUCACCUACGUUGGCUCCGCGACUUCUUCCGAGCAUGACCAAGAGCUCGACUCCCUCCUCGUCGGCCCCAUUCCUGUCGGCGUGAACAAGUUCGUCUUCGAGGCCGAGCCGCCGAACCUCUCGCGCAUCCCGAACAACGAGAUCCUCGGCGUCACUGUCAUCCUCCUCACCUGCAGCUACGACGGUAGGGAGUUUGUGCGUGUGGGAUACUAUGUCAACAACGAGUACACGGACGAGGCUCUGAUCGCCGAGCCGCCUGCAAAGCCCGUCAUCGAGAAGGUCCGCCGCAACAUCCUGGCCGAGAAGCCUAGGGUCACGCGCUUUGCUAUCAAGUGGGACUCGGAGGAGAGUGCGCCCGCCGAAUUCCCGCCCGACCAGCCCGACGCCGACCUGGCCAACGACGACGAGGAAGCCUACGCCGCGGACGAGGAUCUCGAGGAGGAAGAGGAGCCCAAGGCCGAUGGCGAGGACGAGGAGAUGGGUGGAGCUGACGACACCACUGGCCCGGCCAAGGUCGACGACGACGACUCUGACGCCGGCUCUGAGGACAUCGAGGGCGAGAGCAGCGAGGAUGAAGAGGACGAUGAAAUGGAGGGUGGCGGCGAUGACGACAUGGAGAUGGACGACGAUUCGAAGAACAAGCAACAACAUAUGGCUGCACAAAACGAUGUCAUGGUCCACUAG